CCUGUGUUUCUUUUUUGCCUUUUGCUGUUCCAUUUGGAUUGAAAUGAAUGGUCUAAUAAAGUUAGCUUUCUCUCGUGAUUUGAUUUCACAAUUGCUUUUCUUGGCUGGCUAUGCUUAGGUAUGGUCGGAGGGCAAGCAGUCAUAACUAAUCUCUAGUUUACUUUAAUGUCAAAAAGGCCCUUGAAAGAAAGCAAGCUGUUCUUUUUGGGGAUAAAUUAUUUGCAAAAACUCAUUUACUGUUUAGAACUUAAGCUGAGUCCAAUCAGAUUGAACAAAGUGGUGGUUAGGUAUAUAUAUAUAUAUGUUGAUGCUAACAGAAGAACAGCCCACUUAAAUUAUUGAAGCCCGUGUGGCUGAUACUCAAAAAGUCGCAAUCCCCUCUCUCUUCUCUUUUGGGAUUUGGAAAGUAGCUAUAACAUUGAUAGAAAAUAAAUUUAGUUUUUUAUUUUAUUUUAUUAUUAUUAUUAUGCCGCCAUUUGAAUAUGCCGUAGCUGCGCUUCAAGUUCGUAUUUUUUUCUUAUAAAAAAGUUCAAGUCAAAGAAGUAACUUGUAAAAAGUUAUUUAUUUUGCAGCAAAACCAGUGCUUUGCUUCUUCUUUUUUUAUGCUUACACGGAACAAUUGACUGGAUUAAUAAUGGAUCCUGAAAAAAUUGUUUAGCCUCUAUGGACAAUUCAGUCACGGUUCUGUUUUACGGCCGACCUUACUAUUUGGACGGAACAUGGAAAGCGGUGACCACUUGAUGCUAAUUUGGAUGGUCCACGGUGUGUUCUGAGAAAUCACCGAAACUGCUGGCUGCUGGUCGGUCUUGAGAUUAGCUUUGCCCCGUUACUAAAACGCAGUAUUUCUUAUUCUUGUUAAUGAACUCCUUUCAUCCUCUCUCAUUUUCAUUUAUCUGGAGUUGUUCCAAUCAUUGCAUUUGUUUUUGGAUUGACUUGGGAGUUGGAUAUCAAUAUAUGAAAUGAAGAGUUCUAUAUAAUUCACAAGUAUAAGGGCUGUGGUUGAUUGACUUUUGCUGAUUUAAUUUAUUGAGUACUGUUGUCUGAGUCUGAGUUAUGGAUCGUGGAUCUAAUGAGUCUAAACCCAAUCUGAGUGAAUCAUUUCGUCAGACUAGCAACGUAGGCUGUUCAGUGAGAAGACGUUCUUUAAGUUUAUCACGCAGCAGAUCCUUCCAGGUAGAUGAUGAUAUUGAGAGUGAAAACGUGUCAGAGGCAGGUGAUAUUGGUGACAGGGCUCUUCAUAGCAAGAGGCAUAAUGAAAGAGGUAGCAGCAGCUUAUCCAUUGACAGCGAGUUAGAAAAUGGUACGGUGUUUCCCCUUUCAAAUGAUAACUUCCUACGAUCAUAUGGGUUGUGGGCUCAUGAUUCCACAGCUUUGAAUACAAGAUCUCCAGUGUUACCUUCGCCAGAAGAAAUCGUGUCUCCUAUCUCAACUGAUGCAGUGGUCUGCUCCAGGGAAAAACAAGAAGACAAGGAGAAAGCAUUUGUGUUGCCACCAGCACUCGAGUAUAUCUCAUGUCUUGUGUAUCUAGCAGUUUUUGGAAUUCUUGGGGUCUUAACAAGAUAUUUAUUACAAAAACUCUUUGGCCCUGGUGUUGCUGGUGUGACAAGUGACAACUAUCCGCUAUAUCUUGACCUACCUUCCAACAUGGUCGGUUCGUUCUUGAUGGGAUGGUGGGGUGUUGUUUUCAAAGAAGACAUAUCCAAAGUGUCUGGUCAUUUGGCCAUUGGAUUAACUACUGGUUACUUGGGAAGUCUCACAACAUUCAGUGGUUGGAAUCAGAAAAUGCUUGAUCUCAGUGUUAAUGGCCAUUGGGUGUUUUCUUUUGUUGGCUUUCUCAUAGGGUUAUUCCUUGCAGCCUACUCCAUAAAAUUGGGUGUUGGUACGGCGAAAUGUUUUAAGUCAUUUUUCCAAAUGUCAAACAGAAGUGCAGAUUUAGCCAGCUGGAGGGUGGACAGCCCCUAUCAUCAUUUCGCAGUUAUGGUGGUAUUGGUGGUAGUGCUAGGCCUUUUAUGGGCUCUGAGUGGAGCACUGCUAAAGAAGGAGUAUAACCACGACAGUAGUGGGGCUCAGCUAUGGCUGGGUUGCAUAGUUGCACCCCUAGGGGUGUGGAUUAGGUGGUUCUUAGCAAGGCUCAAUGGGCGUGGUUUAGGUAAGGCUGGUUCUCUGAAAUGGAUUCCAUUUGGAACUCUUAUUGCAAAUGUUUCUGCAGCAUGUAUCAUGGCCGCACUGUCUACUGUGAAGAAAGCGGUGCAUACCAAAACCUGUGAUACCAUUUCAACUGGCAUACAGUUUGGAUUCUUGGGUUGUCUGAGUACUGUUUCCACUUUCAUUGCUGAGUACAAUGCAAUGGAAGAAAGUCAGAAAAGCUGGAGAGCUUAUGUAUAUGCCCUAAUAACGAUAGUUGUCUCAUUUGGCUUGGGGACCUUGAUAUACUCUGUACCUGUUUGGAGCAGGGGAUACAAGUAGCAUGUCAACAGUCAACAUAUUCAUAAAUCUCUCUUUUGGUUUCUGGCUUACCGCAUGUCAACUAGGCACAAGAGAAGUGCCCUUCCAAAAACAUGCUAAAAAGCCUGCUGGUCAGCGAAGUUCUACACAAUAUUGAAUACAUGAAUAUAUUUUGGAAAUGUUUAUAUUUCCUGUAAUUUCUUGAUCAA